AUGGAACAGAGAAAUGACAGAGACGAAAGAUGACUGGGAAAUCAUGAAUAUGUGGAUAACAGACCUAUAGGAGGAUCUGGAGGUUAUAAUAUGAACUUUAUUGAUUGGGAAAAUGAGUAUGAAGCGAUUUUUGAUCGAGAAUCCGAAUAUCAGCCAAAUAAUUAUGCAGCAGCGCAGGACUCGGAUUUUGGAUAUUCAUUUAAUUAUGAUUUGCCUUCAAUAGAAGCAGAAGCUUUGUGGAAAGAAAUAGAAAGAUUGCCAAGGUAUGGCCUAUCUAAUCAAGAGAUUGCAAAAUUUUUUAAAUUUCGAGGAAAAGAAGCAAGAGAAUGCAUUAUUUUUAAUUGGAAAUUUUUAGACGAAAUUUCAUGUAAUAAGUUUUAAUUUUGCAUUGCUGAGUAUAGUUUUAUGGUUUUUAUAUAUAAAAAAUAGAAAUUUAGUAUUCAGAAGAUGGAAGAAAAAUUUCAAGAGCUUAUAUUUGCUAUGGAAUUAGUUCUGAAGGAGUACGAUUGCCCUGCGGACAUGUAUUUCAUAGCUUAUGCAUCGAAAAAUGACUGAGAUAUAGAGUAGAUUGCCCAACUUGUAAAAGAGUUGCCAAAAAAAUUGAGAAAUAG